GUUACAGACUAUCGAUACUAUCGAUAGUCCCAGGGAUGGUUUUCCAGCUCUAAUUUCUCGUUCACUUCGUUCCCAGCUCUGGUUCAGCGCUGUUCAAUAGCCAAGCAUUUGAAUACCUCGACCAGAAAUUUUAAUAAAAAUGGCUGCUGCUCCCAAGGAUAUCGAAAAGCCCCAAGGCGCUGAUUCUGCAUCAGUUCACCGCAUUCGCAUCACGUUGACUUCCAGGAACGUGCGUUCUUUAGAAAAUGUGUGUCGCGAUCUGAUAAAUAGCGCGAAGAAUCAGAAUCUUCGCGUCAAGGGCCCAGUACGCAUGCCAACCAAAACUCUACGCAUUACGACUCGUAAAACUCCUUGUGGUGAAGGUUCCAAGACUUGGGAUCGCUUCCAGAUGAGAAUCCACAAGCGUAUCAUCGAUUUGCAUUCACCUUCGGAGAUUGUAAAGAAGAUCACCUCAAUUAACAUCGAGGCUGGCGUAGAGGUAGAGGUUACCAUUGCCAACUAAGAACGUGUAUAAUUUUUGUACAAUAAAAUACAUAUACUUGCACAGAGAACUAGAAA